AACAGCCCACUGAAGGAGACCUAUACUUGCACUGAAGACUGGAGUUUAGAUGAUGCACAAACCAAGAAGUCACUUUCCCACGGUUCUCCAAACUGACUCGCGCACAAUCUGGGAAAAUAAUCAUUUUAGAAUCUAAGAUAGCUGCUGAGUUGGACUCGAGUGUUUGGAGCUGUUUAUUUUUUCUCGCGCUUACAGAAACAUACUGGAUUUUAACUAUGACCAUCAUUAAGCCAUAUUGUGUGUCGCGUCUCUUUUUUUCGCUCGAAUCGGUGGUGCAAAUCUGAUCCAAAAUGAAGUUUGGGAAGAAUAUAUGCAUCCUAAACGUUGGUGGCACUAAGUAUGCUUUCACCAGAGAAGUUAUAAAGGAUUUCCCCCUGCGAAGAGUGAGCAGACUCCACAGCUGUUCCUCAGAAAAAGAGGUCUUGGAGGUUUGUGAUGAUUAUGACCGAGAGAGGAACGAGUUUUUCUUCGACAGGCACUCCGAGGCGUUUGUCUUUAUUAUGCUUUACGUGCGAUCUGGAAAGCUUAGGUUCGUCCCGCAGAUGUGCGAGCUUUCCUUUUACAACGAGAUGAUCUACUGGGGCUUGGAGAGCUCGCAUUUGGAGUUUUGUUGCCAGCGGCGACUGGAGGAUAGGAUGUCCGACACUUACACGUACUUUUCGGAGGAGGACAUCAAGGCAGAGGUGGAGUCCAGAGGUGAGGAGGAUCAGGUCACCCGGUUCGCAUCUGAGGGAGGGAACGCGCGGUGGCUGGAGAGGAUGCGGAGGACUUUUGAGGAACCAGCUUCCUCUGUCGCUGCGCAGAUCCUGGCAUCCGUGUCAGUGGUUUUUGUCAUUAUGUCUAUGGUCAUCCUUUGCGCGAGCACUCUGCCGGACUGGGAUACAGCAAAAAACAACACGGUGGAAGAACACAGGAUCAUCGAGGCAGUAUGCAUUGGCUGGUUCACUGCCGAAUGCAUAGUGCGCUUCAUUGUCUCACGGGACAAAUGUGAGUUUGUGUGCUGCCCCCUUAACAUUAUUGACCUCCUGGCGAUCACGCCUUACUACGUGUCUGUCGCUGUGACAGCGCUGACAGGAGAAAACCCUCAACUACAGCGAGCAGGAGUCACCCUGCGCGUACUACGAAUGAUGCGCAUCUUUUGGCUUAUAAAGCUGGCGCGUCACUUCCUCGGGCUGCAGACGCUCGGGCUUACGCUGCGCAGGUGUUACCGCGAAAUGGUCAUGCUGCUGGUGUUUGUCUUCGUCGCAAUGGCGAUAUUCAGCGCCCUGGCACAGCUGUUGGAGCACGGCCUUGACCUGGAGACUAGCAAUGAGGACUACGCCAGCAUUCCGGCAGCCUGCUGGUGGGUUAUUAUCUCCAUGACGACUGUCGGCUAUGGAGACAUGUACCCCAUCACCAUUCCUGGACGCGUGCUGGGUGGCGUGUGCGUCGUGAGUGGCAUUGUGCUUCUGGCUCUGCCCAUUACCUUUAUCUACCACAGCUUUGUGCAGUGCUACCACGAACUCAAAUUCCGCUCAGCACGGUGCGUGCGAAGUCUCUCUUCUGAGUUUCUCAAUUAACUGUAGCAUAGAUCGUCCUGAGAACUUGCUGGUCUUCAGCUUAGUAAAAUCACCUGCUCUUCUGUGCCUUUAUAUUAAACCAAGAUUCUGAAAUAUAGUUGAAGGGACACACUACGUCUGAUGUGGAAAACUCAGCAUUUAGGCUCUCUGUGUGGACCUAUUAUAUCCAAAUAAUAACACAGGUACCUCUGUACUCAAGGACACAUUAUGGGAUUCACUGAUUUUGUACAAUACAGGCAUCUGGAGCAAUUCCUGUCCAUCCUGGGGCUAAAAGAAUUGUACAAAAGAGGCAAAUCCCCAGCCCAAAGCUGGAAAGUGCACAAUAAAGCAUUACGAUCCAAAGGAAAUACAUUAGCCAAUGUUUAUGUUGUAACCCCCUUCUUGUGUGAACAAACAAAACCGAUCCAACAGCAUUUCCUGUGUAUGAAAUGGACAACCGUGGCAUUUGACAACCACAGAUGGCCAGGCUGCCUGGAACGGGCAUCUGGCGGGACCUUGUGUCCUGACAGUGCUCCAGCCUAGAAGGAGCUUACACGAAUUCUCAUGUUUCCAUGGAGAGGUCCCCUUGACUUGCUAAAUCAUUAAUUCAGCUCCCAAUAAAGUGCAAAGCAAGGGAAACUAAAGUAAAAAGGUUUUAGAGUGGCCAAAUAGAAGCAUCUGAGCAUGAUAUGGAAGCAAAUACUGUGAAAAGGCCUGCUCACACCAAGGACGGUAACUAAUAUGAUAAUGAUAAAGAUAAGUCCCCCUGCAGUGAAUGAUUUAGCCCCUUUAUCCCUUAAAACUUUUUAUAAGAAAAAAGUGUCUUAAAAUGACUUAAUGUGUAACCCUUACCUCCUCUUGUAUACAUAAUAUGCAAAUUAGCCCCGCCUCCAUUCAGUCACAUCAGCUCAUACUACCUGAAACACUUCCAAUCGGUUAACUGAAGUAGUAAACGCUGCAAAAUGACAAGUGGCAGCACUGGAUUAAUUUAGCAAUAUAUGUUUUAAUCAUGAUGCAUUUUAUGUAUAUCGCUUUCUACAAUGUCGGAUACUCAACUGUAAUUGAUAUCAUUAGCGUUUAGUCUAAAUACAUUAUCAAUGUUACACAAACCAUGUUCCUGUUUCCUGUCUUAGACAGCUAAUAUUAUGAAAAGCCACUACUUGGGAUUGGCUAAAUGUUAAGGACAUUAGGAAAUGGGCUGUUUCAAACCGCAUUUUGCUCAGCAGUGGUGAUGACUGAUGAAUUUCAAUCAGUGGGUUGUCUUACCAGACAGACAUGUUAACAACAUUAAAACCUUGAUUUUCACCACAGGGGGGCUUUAAAAAGUCAUUCAAAUAAAAGAAUAGCAGAGUCCACACCACAGCUAUACUGAUUAUGGCACAGAGGAACAAUAAUAGUUUUUUCCAGCUGUUGAACAACUAAAAACAUUGACAGCCAAUCAGAAUUCAACUAAAGAGCUUAAGCAUUUAAAGUGGCAGAUGACAGAACUUCAGCGUGAGCUUAUAAUAAACCGAAUGUUAUCGUGCAAUGUGUAGAUUCUAAUAUAGUUAUGAUUAUUAUAGUUAUCUUUAUAGUUACAGUUCUUGGUUUGAACAGGCCUAAACACUUAUCAUUUUGACAUUACAGUCAUUGUCGAGUCUUGCUCAUAGAUUGGGAUAACUAAAUCACAAAAAACAAACAUCAGCUGUUCAUGCAGACAGCGACAAAUCUGCAACCUGUCCAUACACGACUGUGUGAAUAAAGAGGCGUUAACUAAAUUGAUUAGCAAACACAUCACCCCCACGCUCACCAGUAGGAGGGCUGUCACUCGCUUCCUUCUUCCUCUUUGAAUACAAGCACAAAUUUUUUUUUUUCCCUAUUCAAGGGACUUUCAGAGUUUAUGUGUCUCUUGGAAUAAUUUUUUUUUAUUUUGCAUUGUAUUUAGUAGGAUAUACAUAUAAUGAUUCACUGGGGGACACACAGUUCACUCAAAAUUGAAAAUUAGGUCAUAAAUUACUCACGCUUAAGGCAUCCUAGGUGUAUCUGACUUUCU